AUGCGCUGCUCCACCCUGCUCGGCAUCUUAACAGGGGUGCUUCUCUACUUGGUGCUGGGCGCCGUGGUGUUCCGUGCCUUGGAGACUCCACGAGAGCAGGGCAAGCACAACCAGCUGCAGGACACACGCAGGGAUUUCCUGCUGAACUUCAGCUGCGUCGGCCCAGACAAUCUACAUGUCUUUAUAGAGGAGGUGUCGAAGGCCAUCGGUGAAGGUGUGGAUCCCAACAGCAAUGACACCUUUGUCAGCCAGUGGGAUCUGGCCAGUGCCUUCUUUUUCUCUGGGACAAUUAUCACAACCAUCGGUUUCGGAAACAUCUCCCCCAAGUCAGAAGGAGGUCAACUGUUCUGCAUUUUCUACGCCCUGGUGGGAAUCCCGAUGUUUGGUAUCCUGCUUGCUGGAGUUGGAGACCACCUGGGAACUGGGCUGAGGAAAACCGUUGCCAAAAUAGAGACUCUCUUCCUGAAAUGGCGUGUCAGUCCCACCAUUGUGCGUGUGAUCUCAGCCGUCCUGUCCAUCCUGCUGGGAUGCGUGCUGUUUGUUGCAGUGCCGAUCUUUGUUUUCCAAGAAGUGGAGAAGUGGAGUCUUCUGGAGUCGGCCUACUUUGUCGUUAUCACUCUGACAACAGUGGGGUUUGGCGACUAUGUUGCAGGGGAUUCUGGGAUUGCAGGGAGCGACCACUGGUAUAAGCCUUUGGUGUGGUUCUGGAUCUUGCUGGGUCUUGCCUACUUUGCAUCUAUCCUGUCGAUGAUUGGCAACUGGCUUCGAGUCCUAUCCAAGAAGACCAGAGCUGAGAUGGAGGGACUGAGAGCCCAUGCCACUGACUGGACUCAAAACAUCCAGAAUAUGUCAGUGGAUUUUCGCAUUCCAGGAAAAAUCGAUGACCCCUUUAGAAAGCGUCGACGAAAGCGGCGCCAUGGCCAUCGCAGCCACAGUCAUACUGUGUCAGCUCCUGGGGCCCCUGAGGGGAAAGAAGAGCAGAAUGGGAGUCAAACAGAGUCUGGAUCAUACUCCUCUUCCUACACCUCGUCUUCUAGUGAAUCAGAGUCUGGAUCCGGAUCAGAGACAGACUCUCAGGCCACUCAGACGGAUCGAGUGCCUGACGAAAAAACAGCAGAAACAAGAAAAGAGGGCCCUAAUCCAGACCUCCACCUUUCUCAGCCUCUGGACUUCUUUGGAGAGAACCUGGCAUUCAUUGAUGAGUCUUCAGAUACUCAGAGUGGUAAACUACGUUCAGAUCCUCUCCUGGAUCUAACACAACCCAACUCUGUACGUUCUGUACAUUCUCGUCACCCCAGGAGGAGACGCCACAGGAGGCCUGUUCCACAUCGUCACCCCAAACACAACCGCACCCACCCUGACAAGAGGGAGCCCAAUGGAAAUCCAAAACCAGUUCCAGAUCUACCACCAAAGCCUUAAGAUCGAAGCUGAUUAAAGAAGCUCCAUUGCUAGCACAAGUAUCAACUUGAGAUAUGUGAUGUAAUCUGACAGAGGAGUUCUCAAUGUAACGAUUUAUUUGUGUAUAUGUAUUGCUUACUUACAGACACUUAGCCUCUUGUGGUUCACAUUUGAUGCUCUUAGCAUGUGAGUGUGUAUGCCUCAAUCAAAGCUGAUGAAGUGAUUUUUAUGCCAUUGUUCCCUAUGUUACUUUCUGAGGAGUUGCUGCUCUCUACUGGGCCAAGACAGAAAUGCACUAUCACUCUCUCAAAAUGAGGGUUCUCGCCUUUUACUAAACCAAAUAAAUACUGAAAGAAACAAGAAAGAUCUACCAAAAAACACUUGUUCAGAAAAGUGCCACAGCUGUGUGGUGCUCAUAUUGAAGGUUGCUUUAAUCGGAGGCAGUAACUCUUGAAUCCUGCCAAUACUUAAAAGGGUACUAAACAGGCACUUGUACAUUUUCUUGGUAUGUUACAAAACUUUUUUAAAUACUGUGUACAAUAAUACUGUUUGCAUUUUGAUGGCCAAAUGCAUUAAUCCUGA